UUUUAAAGAUAAACUCAAAAAGAAUCAAAAUAUUAUUGUUAUGUUUAUUUUCCUGUUAUCAGUUGUGCUACUUUGUCAUGCUGACAGCGAUGUACAAAAAUACAUUAUUCAUAGUAAUAUUCUUAGUCAGGAUAUAGAGUAUACUUUAUAUAAGCCUGAUGGAUAUUCAGAUAGUAUUAAAUAUCCAAUAGUAUAUUUACUCCAUGGAAUGGAUAGUGAUUGUCAAAGCUUUUAUCAAUAUGGUUUGAAAGAAAUUCUUGAUGACUAUAUUACAAAUAAAAUAAUUAAACCAACAUUAUUUGUUACACCAAAUGCAUUUAAUUCUUUCUAUGUUGAUAAGUAUGAUGGUACUUUUAAUUAUGAGCAAUUCUUCUUUGAAGAAUUUAUUCCAUACAUUGAAGCAUUAGUUUCAGUUGAUACUAAUCAAUCAAAUAGAAGUAUCGCAGGUAUAUCAAUGGGUGGUUAUGGCGCUGCUCUUUAUUCUUUAAAGCACAAAGAACUAUUUUCUGCUUGUUCUCCAAUGAGUCCAGCUUUAUUACCAGAAAAUACUUUAAAAUUAUUAGAUGAUAAUAAUGACAUUAAAAAACUCCUUUUAUCAAUUUUUGGAAAUGAAGAAUAUUUUAAACAAAAUAAUUUUAAUACUAUUGUAAAGUCAUCAUCUAAAGGUACGUUUACUAUGCCAUAUCGUGUUUGUAUUGGUAAACAAGAUUAUUUAUAUCAAUAUGUUAUUCCUUCAAAAACUAUUAUGGAAAACGCUGAAAUGAAUAAUUAUUGGUAUAUAGGAGAUGGAGAGCAUAAUGUUGAAUUUUGGAAGAGUCAAAUUCCUGAUACACUCAAGUUUCUUGACAAAAAAAUCUUAGAUAAUACUGAUAACAGUGGUACCAUUGGUAAUGGUAUUAAUUCUUGGAUUUUAUUAAUUUCCUUAAUCUUCUGUUUGAUGAUUUAA